GAUGGCCUUGGAUUAUGUGCACUUAUCCACAGACACCGACCUGAUCUUAUUGACUACUCCAAGCUAAAUAAGGAUGACCCCAUAGGAAAUAUCAACCUUGCCAUGGAAAUUGCUGAAAAGCAUUUGGAUAUCCCUAAGAUGUUGGAUGCAGAAGAUGUAGUAAACACUGCCAGACCUGAUGAAAGAGCCAUUAUGACUUAUGUUUCCUGUUACUACCAUGCGUUUGCUGGUGCCCAGAAGGCUGAGACUGCAGCUAACCGGAUCUGUAAGGUGCUUGCUGUGAAUCAGGAAAAUGAGAGGUUGAUGGAAGAGUAUGAGAGACUAGCAAGUGAGCUUUUAGAAUGGAUUCGCCGGACAAUUCCUUGGCUGGAAAACAGGACUCCAGAAAAAACAAUGCAGGCUAUGCAGAAGAAAUUAGAGGAUUUCCGGGACUACCGCCGCAAACACAAACCUCCCAAAGUCCAAGAGAAAUGUCAACUGGAAAUCAAUUUCAACACCCUGCAGACAAAACUGAGAAUCAGCAACCGGCCAGCUUUCAUGCCAUCAGAGGGAAAAAUGGUUUCAGAUAUUGCUGGUGCUUGGCAGAGACUUGAACAAGCUGAGAAAGGCUAUGAAGAGUGGCUGCUGAAUGAAAUACGAAGACUGGAAAGACUUGAACACUUGGCUGAGAAAUUUAGGCAGAAGGCUUCCACUCAUGAACAGUGGGCAUAUGGCAAAGAGCAGAUCUUACUUCAGAAGGAAUAUGAAUCCGCUUCUCUGACAGAAGUCCGCGCCAUGUUAAGGAAACAUGAAGCUUUUGAGAGUGAUUUGGCUGCUCACCAGGACAGGGUGGAACAGAUCGCUGCCAUUGCCCAGGAGCUGAAUGAACUGGACUACCAUGAUGCUGCAAGUGUUAAUGAUAGAUGCCAAAAGAUAUGUGACCAAUGGGACAGCCUGGGAACACUUACUCAGAAAAGGAGGGAAGCACUGGAGAGGACGGAAAAAUUGCUUGAAACAAUUGAUCAGCUUCAUCUGGAAUUUGCCAAAAGAGCUGCUCCUUUCAACAACUGGAUGGAAGGUGCUAUGGAAGACCUACAGGACAUGUUUAUUGUUCAUAGCAUAGAUGAAAUCCAGAGUUUAAUCUCUGCACAUGAUCAAUUUAAAGCUACUUUGCCAGAGGCAGAUGGUGAAAGACAGGCCAUACUGUCAAUCCAGAAUGAAGUUGAAAAAGUUAUUCAGAGUUACAGCAUGAGAAUAAGUGCAAGCAAUCCUUACAGCACUGUUACUGUGGAAGAGAUUCGCAGCAAGUGGGAAAAGGUAAAGCAGCUGGUGCCUCAGAGGGAUCAAUCCUUGCAGGAGGAACUAGCCCGCCAGCAUGCCAAUGAGCGCCUGCGUCGCCAGUUUGCUGCUCAGGCCAAUGUCAUUGGGCCAUGGAUCCAGACCAAGAUGGAGGAAAUUGCCCGCAGCUCUAUUGAAAUGACAGGGCCUUUGGAGGACCAGAUGAAUCAGCUGAAGCAAUAUGAGCACAAUAUCAUUAAUUAUAAACACAACAUUGACAAACUGGAAGGAGAUCAUCAGCUUAUACAAGAAGCACUGGUGUUUGACAACAAGCACACCAACUAUACUAUGGAGCACAUCCGUGUUGGAUGGGAGCUGCUGCUUACCACCAUUGCUCGAACUAUCAAUGAGGUUGAGACUCAGAUCCUCACAAGAGACGCCAAGGGUAUCACCCAGGAACAAAUGAAUGAGUUCAGAGCAUCCUUCAAUCAUUUUGACAGGGAUGAAUCUGACCAUCUGCAUUCUGAUGAGUUUAAAGCCUGCCUCAUCAGUCUAGGACAGGUUGGAAAUGACCUGCAGAGGAAGAAUGGAUUGAUGGACCACGAUGAUUUCAGAGCUUGCUUAAUUUCAAUGGGUUAUGAUUUGGGUGAAGCUGAGUUUGCUCGAAUCAUGUCUCUGGUUGACCCCAAUGGGCAAGGAACUGUCACUUUCCAGUCCUUCAUUGACUUCAUGACCAGAGAAACGGCAGAUACAGACACGGCUGAGCAAGUGAUAGCUUCCUUCAGAAUCUUGGCUUCAGAUAAGCCUUAUAUCCUGGCAGAUGAGUUACGUCGCGAGCUGCCUCCUGAGCAGGCUCAGUACUGCAUCAAGAGAAUGCCUCCGUACACCGGCCCAGGUUCUGUUCCUGGGGCUCUGGAUUACACCUCCUUUUCGUCAGCACUGUAUGGAGAGAGUGACCUCUGAUUCUGUAAUUGGCCGUAUUCAUGGUAUACACUAAAAAUACCUACUUUAUUGUCCAAAUUGCUUCUCAAAAGCUUUGACAAGCUGAUUUAAAAAUGAGUUUUACAAAUACAGUAGGUAUGGUCAGUGUAAAGUCCUAAUAGCUAAAGUAACUAUUGUAUGUUAAAGUGUGCGGCACGCUAGAUUUCUGCAUUGUUGGUUUUAGGUUGUCUGUCCUGUACAAUGCUAGAAAACAUUAAAAAAAAAAUCGCAAGAUACUAACUUUGGAAAUAUCCAUUCAGAAAAUAGAAUGUCAAACCUGAGAACAUUGAAACUCACAGAAUAGUUCUCCAUUUUCAAAAUGUUUCAAUGCCAUAUGUGCUUCUUUU